AAUAUGAAUAAAUUGAGUUGUUAUUGGUAUUUUAAAAUUUUAUAUUCUUUUAUCCAAAAAUUUUAUAUCGAAAAAUAAAAAUACAGUUAACCAGACAAAGGACCAAUUUAGUAGGGUUCAUAGGAUUUCCCCCUUUUCUUCAACAGUUUUGCGCGCGAGCACUCUCUCUCUCUCUCAACAGUUGAAGCUGCAAAAAAUGCGAAGCGAAAACAAGACGAACCGUUCCAAACAAUCGUCAUCAGGAACUCUUGCCGACAUAUCACAUGAGGCUGUCAGCAAACUUCUGGGGCGUGCCAAUAAAACUGGGAAAAGGAAAUCUAACAAUAGUCUGCGUCCAUGUGAUUCAAUCGGAAAGCCUGAGAGCGAGCCAAAAAGUGACAAAGAUGUCGAUUCAAGAGUCAGAGGGAAUAUUUUGGAAUCUGAGGGUUGUAGUAAAGAUGCAAAUCGAAAGGUCUCUGCAGAAGAGAAAGUUGAUGGGGAAGGCUUUGGAUGCACUUCCACAAACAUUAGGGAAGAACUGGAUGACUCAGAUUGGGAAGAGGGUUCAAUACCCAUUUCUAAUUCCGCUGGCGAUCAUGAAGUGACUAUUGAAUUAAAUGAGACACCAGAUUCUACAAGAAAGAAACGUAUCCGUCGGGCUUCUGCUGAAGAUAAGGAACUGGCUGAGCUUGUUCAUAGGGUUCAUUUACUUUGUUUACUUGCACGGGGAAGGUUGAUUGAUAGAGCUUGUGAUGAUGCUCUUAUUCAGGCCGCUUUACUUUCUCUGCUUCCACUACACGUGCUGAAUACAUCCAAGGUUGCAAACCUUACUACAAAGGAUUUUAGUCCUCUAGUCGUCUGGUUUCAAAGUAACUUCCAUGUUCGAAGUACAAGUGUGAGCAGGCCAUUUUCUUCGGGUCUGAAAUUUGCCCUUGAAACUCAUGAAGGAACUCAAGAAGAGAUUGCUGCUUUGUCUGUGGCACUCUUUAGAGCAUUAAAUCUGACAACGCGGUUCGUCUCGGUUUUGGAUGUUGCCUCUUUAAAACCAGAAGCUGGCAAGACCGAAUAUUCUAGUGAAGAUGUAAGCAGAUCGAGUAGGAGAAUAUUCAGUUCUUCGACCCCAAUGGUGGCUAGACAAAAGGUCUCUGUCUCUCCUGCCAAAUCACUUUCAUGUAGUACGAGUGGCAAUGUCUAUGGAACUUCUCGGGCGUGUUCAAGCGAAAGUAAGGACCCCACAAGAAACAAUACUCUGCCCACAAGCUCUGGUAUCGCUUAUGUGACGAAUGAUAAAUUGUCAGAUACUUCUGCAACACAAUAUGACAUCUCUCAAGCAUUCGUUAAUGAGAAAUCUCUGGGAUCAAAAAGGAAAGGGGAUCAUGAGUUCGAAAUGCAGUUGCAAAUGGCUCUUUCUGCCACAGCAGUGCCGACUGCAGAUAGAGAAAUGGGUUCAGGUCAGAAAGACUUGAGUGGAAAUUUUGCAAAUUUCCCUGACCUGAAAAGAAUGAAAAGAAUUGUUUGUGAAGAAUCACAAAACCCCUCCCAGAGUAUCUCUACUGCAGUUGGCUCGAGAAAAGAAGGAUCUCCUUUGUACUGGGCAGAAGUAUACUGUCAGGGGAAGUGGGUGCAUAUAGAUGCUAUCAAUGGAAUUAUUGAUGGAGAGCAGAAGGUUGAAGCCAUAGCUGCUGCAUGCAAAACGUCUUUGAGAUAUGCAGUUGCUUUUGCUGGGAAUGGGGCGAAAGAUGUGACUCGCAGGUACUGUCUGAAGUGGUAUCAGAUAGCAUCCCAACGAGUCAAUUCAAUAUGGUGGGAUGCAGUACUGGCACCCUUGAGAAAUUUAGAGGUGAGAGCAACAUGUGGCAUAGUUAAGUUGGAGAAAGAAUGGAAUGGUGCGGCCAUGGAUUAUCAUCCAACUAUGAUUGAUGUUUCCCGAAAUUCUCUAGAGGAUAUGGAGUUGGAAACUAGGGCCUUAACUGAGCCUCUUCCAACUAAUCAGCAGGCCUAUAAAAACCAUCAACUAUAUGCUAUAGAAAAAUGGCUUACAAGGGAUCAGGUACUUCAUCCGAAGGGCCCUGUUUUGGGUUUUUGUUCUGGUCAUCCAGUUUACCCUAGGACAUGUGUGCAAACACUAAAGACAAGAGAAAGAUGGCUGCGGGAGGGGCUACAAGUUAAAACCAAUGAGCAUCCUGUGAAGGAGUUGAAACGUUCUCCAAAAGUCCAAAAAGCACAGGUACCUGAAUCUGAUGAUUUUGUUGGGGGUAAUUCGAAACGAACUCUUGAACUUUAUGGGAAGUGGCAACUUGAACCAUUGCAUCUGGCUCAUGCUGUUAAUGGGAUAGUGCCAAAGAAUGAUUACGGUAAUGUGGAAGUAUGGUCUGAGAAGUGCCUUCCGCCAGGGACUGUGCAUUUGAGGUUGCCGAGGCUGUUUUAUGUUGCCAAGAGACUGGAAAUUGAUUAUGCUCCCGCCAUGGUUGGUUUCGAAUAUAAAAAUGGUCAAUCGUUUCCUGUCUUUGAUGGUAUAGUAGUCUGCUCUGAGUUCAAGGAUGCAAUAUUGGAGGCAUAUGCAGAGGAAGAGGAAAGAAGAGACGCUGCAGAAAAGAAAAGAAACCAAGGGCAGGCUAUUUCUCGGUGGUAUCAGCUUCUCUGUUCGAUUGUAACUCGACAAAGGUUAAACAACCGCUAUGGGGACUCCCCCUCUUCUACAGCAUCAGUUGACACCAACAAGGUGAAUAGCAACAUAGACGUACAGGUUGAUGAUCGUCAGAAUGAUAAGCAAUCUCUUGCAUGCCAGCAAAAUGUGCCUGAAAAGAGGACAGCUGAUCCAUCAGCUUCCAUGCCCGAAGAUCACGAGCAUGUAUUCUUGACCGAAAACCAGAGUUUUGAUGAGGGAAACUUGGUGCUGACAAAGAGGUGUCAAUGUGGAUUCUCAGUGCAAGUUGAACAACUGUAGCCUUCCCAUUGCAAUUCAAGAGCGUGGUUCGACCCCAUACCGCUGUGUUGUACGCAUCAGUGGCUAACCUCGGAAUGAAGAACGAACUUCCAUUUUAUUUUUGACUCUGUAAAUGCGUCUAGCAUUACUCAAGGUGAGUUAUCGUAAGUGAUGUGUAGAAAUUUUGAGGCUGUCCUCAGUCCUGUUGCCAGUAAAUAGUAAAAUUGUAUAGAUCUUACGUAACUUUUAUAUUUAUUGCGUUUGUUAUUUUACCCUCUCUA